UCCGCUGGAAUGUGAAACAAAAAUGAAAUCAAAUGAAAUAAAUGUCAAAAAUGCGGGAAAUAGAACAUUCGAGUUUCAACUUUUCUAGCUUGUUGUUGUGUUUUUAGUUUUCUCUCCGAUAAAUAAAAGAAUAAAAAUAAUAAUAUGAUUAGUGGAGACAAUUUUGGUAUUUACCGUGGCUCCUCACGACAAGGACAGGACGAUCGAGCUCAAGGUCAGGUUCUAAGUGAUUUCCUUAUGCAAUUGGAGGACUAUGUUCCUACAGUACCCGAUGCUGUCACAGCCCAUUACCUCAAUUCAGCUGGAUUCGAGUCCGUAGAUCCACGUAUAGUCCGUCUGAUUUCAGUCGCAGCACAAAAAUUCAUAUCAGAUGUAGCUAACGAUUCACUUCAGCAUUGUAAAGUUAGGACCAAUAAUCAACAACCGACAAGCCAUGGAAUGCCAAAGGGACAAAAGCCAGUUAAAGAUCGUAAGUAUACAAUGACUAUGGAGGAUUUGGUACCGGCUUUGUCAGACUAUGGAAUUACUGUUCGGAAGCCGCAUUAUUUUGUUUAAAUAUUCUAUAGUCACCCUUCAUUCUAAAAACUUACCUACUUUUACCUUCUGUAUUCUUGGUAUUAUAAUGGUCACUUAAAUAAAUAAUACGAUUUUUUCAAGAA